AUGCCUCAAAGUAUGGAUUUCAUGAGAUUAUCUGGAACACCUGUUGAUAAAAUUCAGAAGCACAGUGCUGAAGAACUUAGGGAAAAUACCAAUAAUGACCCUGAGAGAGCAGAGUUUUGGGUGAGUGAAGGAUCUUGUUUUAAAUGUGGUUCUCUAGACCACUUUUUUAAGGAUUGUCCCAAGAUGAUGGAGAAAGAAAGAUUUCAGAGUCCAAGACCAAGUGGCGCAGCUUCUAGGGGAAGACCCUCGAGAAAUGCUGGGAAUGGGUCCGAUGUAUUUUCGGAGGAGUUGCCAGGUUUACCUUCGAUUAGAGAAGUUGAGUUUGGUAUUGAACUGAUGCCAGGGACGGCACCUAUCUCUAUUGCUCCAUAUAGGAUGGCCCUGACUGAGCUAAAAGAAUUGAAGUUACAGUUCCAAGAGUUGACUGACAAAUGUUUUGUGAGACUAAGCUUCUCAUCAUGGGGCCACAUUGUUUCAGGAGAUGGUACACGAGUUGAUCCCAGUAAGAUUUCACUUUUUCUGGAAUGGAAACUACCAAACAAUGUAACUGAAGCUAGGAGCUUUUUGGGUUUGUCUGGUUACUACAGACAAUUUUUAAAAGGGUUCUCCAUGAUAGCCACUCCUAUGACGGGUUACUUCAAAAAGAUGUCAAGUUUGAAUGGUCAGAAAAAUGUCACCAGAGCUUUGAGGAAUUGA